GAGUAAACAAUGUUCGUUCCACAGCAUCCACCCGUCCACCUGGGCAGGGAAAUAGCUGAGACACGGAGACCUAUCAACCUCGUAUUUGCGUCAUGAUGUACAAGGCUGCUGAGUCACCGAAAUAUACCGUGACUGUUCAUGAGGCAGUGACAAGGCUGACUCCGAAUCCUAGUAUAAAAUAUAUAACGUAACUUCUUACGAUCGCUAUUCCAACACACCUCCUCAUUUCCACCAUAAACUACGCAAACUCCAUCCAAGUAUCCACAAUGCCACCAUCCCUCAACUCUCGCACCUUAGGCUCAAUAUGGGGAGUCUGUGUAGGCGACGCACUAGGCGGGCCGGUCCAAUUCAUGGACCCCGGCACCUUUGAGCCCAUCACCGGCCUAGAAUAUGUGAAACCCUUUCGCCAGCCCGCAGGAUCCUACUCCGAUGACGGCUCCAUGACUCUAGCCCUAGCGCAAUCCAUCAUCGAUUCCCAAGGCAAAUACAACCACACCUUAUCAAUCCAGUAUUUCGUAGACUGGUUCGCCACCGGCCGAUUCAGCACGAUCGACCGCGCCUGGGACGUGGGUUACUCGACGCGCUCUGCCCUUCAGAGCUGGAUCAAACGGGGCACGGAAGAUCUUCAACGUACCCAAGAUGUAAUCAAUCAGAAGCUAGAUAUGGAGCAUCGCUCAGGGAACGGGAGCUUGAUGAGAAUUGCCCCCAUUGGACUAGCUUUGUGGCGCGAUCCGGGGGAAGCGAGAAGAGUUGCUAGAGAGCAGAGUCAGGUUACGCAUCCUGUGUUGGGUUGUUUGGAGGCUUGUGAGGUUUAUACGCUUUUGGUUUGUGGGGUUUUAAGCGGCAAAAGCAAAGAGCACCUUUGCAAUAUAAUCAACGAGUACAAGUUCACAGACAGUAGUCUCGCACAGCGACUCGCCAGCUACAAGACCGUAUCCGACUGGCAAGCGAAAUCCGCUCCGGAAAUGCGCAGCAGCGGAUGGGUCGUGGAUACGCUCGAAGUGGCCCUGUGGGGAUUUUUCAAAUAUGAUCGUUGGGCUGACGGCGCUUUGGCAGUGGCAAACCUAGGAGGCGAUGCCGACACAGCGGCGGCGGUUUACGGGGGGCUAGCGGGCGCCUUUUAUGGGUUUGAAUCGAUACCGACGGAAUGGGUCGACGGUAUGCAGAAUAAGGGGUCCAUUGCGGAGGUUGCUGGGAAGUUGUCGGAGGUUGUUGCUAGGGAGGGUUUAAAUUGAACUGGUUAGGUAUGGAGUACUCUGGGUCAGUCCUGAAUUGAGGUACUCCGUAUUGGUUGUGAUACCUGGAGUAUGCGAUAGGGCGUGGGUGGCUGGAAAGAAUCAGAGAAAUAUUAGGUUGGUUAGUUAAUUAGUUAUGAUAUAUGGAUUAUGUGAUUUAAAUGUGAAUAAAGGGUGUGGGGGUGUGGAGAGACGAUCUUUGCAUCCUGCAAAAUUUGACUAUGUUGAUCAGCACGUCACAUCGUGAACGGAGCUUGUCUUGCAUCUGCUAGAUUCUUUAGUUCGUCUCCAUUUCGUAUUUUGUAUGGCCUAGUCUUUCCCUUGGAUCAUCGUCCUUCUUUACUUACUAGGGAUGAACUCUACCUGCAGAUAAAAGGGGUCGCGGGAUUGAACACAGCCUUAUUCCCCUUACAUGAAUUUGCCCCCCCUUUAA